AUGGCAGAGGGCGAAGCAAUGGACACGACUUUCGAGGCGGCUAUGGCAGGGUUUCUCCACGAGUUCAGCCUUUCCGGGGAGUUUAAUUCUCCUGUAGAAGGAGCUUUCGGUCUUUGCGACAGUGAUACACUGGAGAAAACACCGUCAAACUCAACCGAUAGAGCCAAGCUGAAGGCCAACGAGCGACGCGAUCGUUAUCGCAAGAGGCUGCAAAAUGAAAGAGAAUCACUAAGACGUCAAGAGAGAGAGUUGUCAGUGAAGCUGAGCCAGCUAUUGACGGCUCAAGCGAAGGCGAAAGAGGAGGCGAAGAAGUCGAACACGCUGGCGUUGAGCGCUUGGAGGGCCACAGCCGCACGGCAGAAGGGAAAACGAUUGGAAGCGGAGCAGGAACAGCAACGGCUGAAAGCGGCUGUGCUCGAUCGGGCCGAGUUGAUUCGCCAGUUGAGCGCCUUGAUGAUGAUGUCCGCCCCAAUGAAAAGCCUCGCGUCAUGUGUGAACCCCAUAUCGAGUCAGGAAAUGCAGGGCGCGCUGCUUUACAAGACAUUCAUGCGCGAGUUGGACUACCUGUACGCCAAGACGGCUGAUUUGGUAGGGGGCGUGCAAUGCGAUCUCCUGCCUCCCGAGUCAUUUGAAGUGAGGCGGAGGUGGAAUCAAGACAAAACACUGAUGGAAAGCGCAGAUGCGACUCAAAUUUCGAUCCCCUUUGACCAAACUUGGCGCUCGUUGUCAUCCUUGUACCUGGCAGACCCCAAAGGGAGUCACUACAGAGGUGAGAUCCACGACCGCGAGAACACUGCGGCGGUCACGUACCGCUCGAAUUAUACACUAGAGUCUGGUACUACAGCUCUGAUAACCUACAGCUCCGUGAGAAGAUACGUCGAGAAGGACUGUGUGGUGUUUGUGUGGCGGUCCCAGUUCGAAGGUCAGGGCGAGUUCGACGGCGUGUUUUCGGACGAACACGCGUGGCUCGUGAUCCGCCCGUCCGACAUGCCUGAAGGCCCUGGGACGACGCUGCAGAGCUAUACGCAACUUAAACUCACGGACUUGGACGGCAAAAUGGGCACCAACGACCUGCGUGGCAAUCAGUUCGUGAAGCUCGUGGGGAUGGUAGACGAGGAGGACAUGGCUGACGUCGAGGAAGCAAUGCAGGGGUUGUUAAUAGGCGAGUCCCAGUCAGGAUCUCCGGCCAGCUCGGACGUGAUGGAACUGUAG